AUGGAAUCCACCAAUAACACCUUGGUGACUGAGCUUGAUCUGGUUGGAUUCCUAGACCUGGAGAACUAUGCCAUGCUCCUCUUUGUCAUCUUCUUUGUCAUCUACCUGCUCAUCCUCGGUGCCAAUGCUAUCAUCUUCACCCUCAUCUGUGUCACGCCUCGCCUUCACAUCCCCAUGUAUUUUUUUAUUGCUGUGUUGGCUGUUUUGGAGGUGUUCUAUACCACCGUCACCAUGCCCAGGAUGCUGGUGGACCUUUUGAGAAGCAAGAAGUCCAUCUCUUUUAACGGCUGCCUUCUGCAAAUCUAUUUCUUCCAUAGCCUGGGGAUUUCAGAGGCUUGCUUGCUCACGGCGAUGGCUUACGACCGGUACUUAGCCAUCUGUACCCCAUUAAAUUAUACAACCAGGAUGACGACCAAAUUUUGCUUCCAGCUGGUGCUGGGAUGCUGUGCAUGUGGCUUUGCAUGUCCAUUGCCAGAGAUCAUCCUGACGUCAAGGUUGCCCUUCUGUCAGUCCAGUCACAUUGAUCAUAUAUUCUGUGAUUUCCCUCCAUUGAUCAGUCUUGCUUGCACAGACAUAUCAACCAACAUUGCGGUCGAUUUCUCCCUUCACUCUAUCGUCAUUCUGGCCCCCAUUUUUCUUAUCCUCCUCUCGUACACAAAGAUAUUGAAAGUCAUUGUCAAGAUCAAGAGCUCAGAGGGACGCCAGAAAGCUUUUUCCACCUGUGCCUCACACCUCAUUGUGGUCCUUACCUUUUUUGGAACUAUUAGUUUCAUGUACAUGCGCUUAACAUGGAUGGGGUCAGUCCACUAUGAUAGGUUCAUUGCAGUGUUCUAUGCCUUUCUCAUCCCUCUCUUCAACCCCGUUAUCUAUACUUUGAGAAACAAAGAAAUCAGGGAUGUGAUCAGGAGGAUCAUCGGUUCUCCUGCUCCAGCAUGUGGCAGCAACAGAUGCAUUGGUUUCUGA